GUUCACUGAUGACAUCAAUUAAUAAUUACAAAGCAAUACCCAUAUUCUCUUUCACUUGUAAUUUUGUAUACUCUGGUCUGUUUAUUUUUUCUUUUUUUCCUUUUUUCUUUUUCUUUUUCUUUUUUCAAAAUUGUGCAUUAAUUUGAUGCAUUAUUUUCAUACAAAAAGUAACAGUACUACAUUUUUUUCUGGUUAUUAAUAUAUCAUUUUGCAUUUUACAAUUUUAGAUGGACAAACAACAAAAUGACAUACUGCGUUUCCAUCUUAUGUGGGUACAAAGACGACGCCAAAUUGCAACUCUAGUCAUUCUCCUUGCCGUGUAUUGGUUUAAGCGUAAAAAACGUAGAAACUAUGUAGAUAAACCUAUUACACAAUCAGAGAUUGAAAGACAAAUAACACGGGAUAAACUAAUGAACGAGCUUAGGGUAAGUGAGAAAUGUCGUAACAUUACUCGUAUGGGACCAGAAGCUUUUCAAAAUUUCUGUGAGAUGCUUAUAAGAGAUGGUGGUCUUCGACCCACAAAACGUGCACGUGUUGAAGAGCAAGUUGCUAAAUUUCUGCACAUUAUAUCACAUAAUGUGAGGAAUCGGACAAUGUCAUUUUUCUUUUGUCGCUCUGGUGAAACCAUAAGCCGUCAUUUUCAUAGUGUGUUAAAAGCAGUAAUCUCAUUGGAAGGACAGUUCCUCAAGCAACCUAGUGGAUUGGACGUCCCCCCAGAAAUACUCAAUAACGAUAGGUUUCAUCCAUAUUUCAAGAAUUGCAUUGGGGCAAUUGAUGGAACACACGUUCGUGUGAAAGUAUCUAACGAAGAUGCACCCAGAUAUCGUGGUAGGAAAAAUUAUCCAACAGUAAAUGUGUUAGCAGCUUGUUCAUUUGACAUGAAAUUUACCUAUGUUUUACCUGGAUGGGAGGGUACCGCUUCAGACUCAAGAGUUAUGGCUAGUGCACUAAAAAGACAAGGAGAUAAAUUAAUACUUCCGGAAGGAAAAUUUUAUCUUGCUGACGCCGGGUACCCAUUAAAGGCUGGACUUAUCACGCCUUAUAGAGGUGUGCGCUAUCAUUUAAAAGAAUAUGCCUCACGCCGACCAGAGAAUCCUAGAGAGUUAUUCAACCUUCGACAUGCAUCAUUGCGCAAUGUUAUUGAGAGAAUUUUUGGUGUGUUGAAGAAACGAUUUCCUAUCAUAGGAAGCAGUACUGAACCAACAUAUGAUGUUAAAACUCAAGUUGAUAUCAUUUUAGCUUGUUGCAUCAUACACAACUAUUUAAUGGGUAUGGAUCCGGAUGAAAGCCUUUUUAAUGAAGUAGAUCGGGAGCUCUUAAAUGAAACUCCACAUGAAGAGCAUGGUCCAAUGGAAAGAAGUGAAGAUCAUAGUUUGGGAGAACACUUGAGAGAUUCAAUAACUUCCCACAUGUGGCAUGACUAUGUAGCUAAUCAUGUGUGAUACUUGAAAUGUUUUAUUUGGUUGCAAUAACUUAAAACUUAUUUGCUUAUGUUUAAUUUUUCUGUAACUUAUUUUAUGUCAGAGUGCUUCAUUUGGAGAUGUAGAAUGCUAAUUAUAGCUUGUUAUAAACUCCUACCUUGCAUACAGUUUUUGUUUACCUUUAGUUAAAUGAUUUAUUUUUUCCUUCAUUUCUUUCUAUUGUAUUUGUUUUUAUGUAGAUAUAAGAAUGAGUAAUCAAUUAAACAUAAGUGGUGGGUCGAAGAGAGAUAGAUGUGUUUGGACUGCACAGAUGGAUGAUAUUUUUGUAGAUGCAUUGCACAAUCAAUUUGUGAAGGGGAAUAUGAUUGAUGGUACAUUUACAACAAAAGCUUACAGUGAGAUUGUUGAUGAAUUGAAAGAAAGAUUAGGUAUCGAUAUCAACAAAGAUAAAGUGAAGAAUCAAUUGAAAACAAUAAAGAAAACAUUUAACGAGUGUUUUGACUUAUUCAAAACUGGUUUGAGUGGGUUUGCUUGGAGUGAAGCAACAAAAAUGUGGUAUGCUGAACCUGAAGUUUGGGCUUCAUUAAUUGAGGUUAGUUAUUUAAUUGAGAUUAUUUAUUUAUUUAUUUAUUUUUUCUUUUAAUAGUUACAUUUUAUUCUGCCUUUGUUUUAGCUUGAAAUAAUGAUAAUGUAGUUUUUUUUAUGUUUCGCCAACAGUCAAAUCCAGCAGCGGAGAAAUGGAAAACUACUCCAAUUUGUAACUAUGAUAAGUUGCUGGAUUUAUUUGGCAAGGAUAGGGCAACUGGGUCUAAUGCAGCCACUGCUAAGGAGAGGAUUAAUGAUUGGGCAACAAAAGGAAAAGAGAAGAGUAAUGAAAGGGAGUCAAGUCCUAAUGAUGAUCUAAUGGAGAGCAUUGAUGCUAUUGAUCACAUGGUGUCCCGGAAUGAAGUAAGUUUGGAUAAUACAUUUUUUAUGGAUCAUGAGUUUGAGAAUAUGAAUAUGAUGUCUCCUGAAACACCUUCAAGUGCACCUUCCCAUUCCACUUCUUCAAAAGGAAAGAGAAAAAGGAAUUAUUCGACUGUUGAUGGAGAUAAUGAAAUAAUUGAAAUAGUGAGAGGUGUGGCUGCUUCUCUAAAAGAGGGAAAUGAUAUUCACAAAACAUUCAACCAUAUUUAUGAGAAGUGCAACCAAAAGGGAAAAUAUGAAGAAGAACUCUUUAAGAUUUUGGCGGAAAUUGGAUUAGAGGGGCAUGCAGCUGUUAAGGCCUUUAUUUUUCUGACUAAGCGUGACCAUCCUGAGAGAAUGACACAAUUUAUUGGUUGCCCACCUGUGCUUCGCAAGAUACUCCUGGAGGAACUGAUGUCCAAUGAUUCUUGACGUUGAUAAUGGUUUCGGUUAUACUAACUUUUGACAAUGUCUUUUAAGUUGGUAAUAUUUUGGAACAAUUAGUAGAACUUGGUAUUAUGUCUAAGUUUAAUUAUGUAUUUUUUUGUAUCUAUUUUAUUUUAUUUUAUUUUUUUUGUUAUGGAGCUUUUGGUAUAUAAGCUCUAUAGAACUUCGUAUGGUGUGUUGAAGAUGGCAUAUGUUUUUUUUUAAGGUCUUGAUGAAUUCCUGAGUAGGCGUGUGAAUGUAGAAACAAAAAACUAUAAUGGAUUAAAGUCUGUGUACUAUGUUAUACUAGGCGUGUGAAUGUAGCUUGGAUGUGAAUUGAGGCUAUAUUGUGUUCAAUUGAGAAGUGAUUUGUUGUGUCGUUUUGUUAUAAUUUUACUUUUUGUGAAUUGAGCCUAUUCUGUCUUCAAUUGAGAAGUGUUUGAGAAGUGAUUUUUUACUU